UUGCGUAACUUCCGGGUUUAGCACCCGGUGUGAAAAAUCCUUGAAUAAAUAUUUAAAUAAAUAAAUAAGUGUACUGCAGGGUUUGAGCUGUAGUGAAUUAUAUGAAAUAGCGACAGUAAUAAAUAGAUAAAUAUAUUUUUUAAAAAGUUUAAAUGAAACUUUCGCUUUCGGCCGAUCAGGAAGAUCAUCAGUAUUUCCUUGUUCGAGAAGAAAGCUGAUGAUCAGAAAUGUCUAAGCCUAGAUUAGUGGUGUUUGACCUGGAUUUCACCCUGUGGCCGUACUGGGUGGAUACCCACGUCAAUCCUCCUUUCCACAAAGAUCAGAGUGGAAAGGUGGUGGACUCGAGCAAUAAUCAUGCCAAGCUUUAUAAAGACACAACAGAUGUCCUGCGCUCUCUGCACACUCAGGGCAUACAGAUCGGCCUGGCCUCACGCACAGGGGAAGUAGAUGGAGCCAAUCAGCUGCUCUCACUCUACAACCUCAACCAAUACAUUUCCUACAAGGAGAUUUACCCAGGGUCAAAAGUCACACACUUUACCAGGUUGCAGGCAGCCAGUGGAGUGUGCUACACAGACAUGAUGUUCUUUGAUGAUGAACCAAGAAACAUCAGUGAAGUCAGCAGGAUGGGUGUGUACUGUGUCCUGGUUUCUGACGGUGUUACCUCUAAACUCGUGCAGGAUGAGCUUCAGCAGUUCAUGCGAAAGAGCUGAGUGUGAAAAUCUCCGCUGCGGUGUACAGUGUGUCCUGUAGGGGGCAGCAAAGACCAACACUCCCAUCACUGCGUACUGUCACACUUGUAAAGAGUGUAUUUACUGACUUUAUUCACAAUGUUAACGUAAAUUUAAAAAAAGGAUCAAAAGUUAGAAACAUUUGUGGUUAUAGAGAGAGCAAUUUAAUAGAGUUAGUGUUUACAGAGUUAACUUAUAAUUUAACUGCCUGUUACUGACAACUGAACUAGUUUUAAAUGUAUUUUAACUGUGUGAAAAUAAAAAUUUGUCCACAUGCCUG